AUGGCCUCCCGUGGACUUCCCCGUGCCCUCCGCCUGGCCCGCGUCUCGGCCCCCCGGUCCGUCGUGACUGCUGCUCUCCCCCGUCCCUCCCUGGCCAAGGCUGCCUCCGCCGCUCUCCCCCGUGUGACCGCCACCCCCGUCGUCCCCUCCCGCGGUGUUAAGACCAUCACCUUCGCCGAUGACAAGGAGACCGUCUACGAGCGUGAGGACUGGCCCCGUGAGAAGCUCCAGGAGUACUUCAAGAACGACACCCUUGCCCUGAUCGGCUACGGCUCCCAGGGUCACGGUCAGGGUCUCAACCUCCGUGACCAGGGUCUGAACGUCAUUGUUGGUGUCCGUAAGGAUGGUGCUUCCUGGAAGGAGGCCAUCCAGGACGGCUGGGUUCCCGGCAAGAACCUGUUCGAUGUCACCGAGGCUGUCCAGAAGGGUACCAUCAUCAUGAACCUGCUCUCCGACGCCGCUCAGUCCGAGACCUGGCCCACCCUGAAGCCCCUCAUCACCAAGGGCAAGACUCUCUACUUCUCCCACGGUUUCUCCCCCGUCUUCAAGGACCUCACCAAGGUCGAUGUUCCCUCCGACGUCGACGUCAUCCUCGUCGCCCCCAAGGGUUCCGGCCGUACCGUCCGUACCCUUUUCCGUGAGGGCCGUGGUAUCAACUCCUCCGUCGCCGUCUUCCAGGACGUCACCGGCCAGGCCAAGGAGCGCGCCAUUGCCAUGGGUGUCGCCGUCGGUUCCGGCUACCUCUACGAGACCACCUUCGAGAAGGAGGUCUACUCCGACCUCUACGGUGAGCGUGGUUGCCUCAUGGGUGGUAUCCACGGUAUGUUCCUCGCUCAGUACGAGGUCCUCCGUGAGCGUGGCCACUCCCCCUCCGAGGCUUUCAACGAGACCGUCGAGGAGGCUACCCAGUCCCUCUACCCUCUCAUCGGUGCCAACGGCAUGGACUGGAUGUACGCCGCUUGCUCCACCACCGCCCGUCGUGGUGCCCUCGACUGGUCCAACCGCUUCAAGGACAACCUGAAGCCCCUCUUCAACGAGCUCUACGACAGCGUCCGUGAUGGCACCGAGACCAAGCGCUCGCUCGAGUACAACUCCCAGAAGGACUACCGCGAGAAGUACGAGAAGGAGAUGCAGGACAUCCGUGAUCUCGAAAUCUGGCGCGCCGGCAAGGCCGUUCGCUCCCUCCGCCCCGAGAACCAGAAGUAA